GGUUGAAGGAGGACUGUUUCCAAGAUUUCACAAACCAUUACAAAAGAGUAAACAAUUCUACCGUCCGCGUUGAUAAAUAGGUUGCAGGGCAGAUAGAUCCGGGAUGCCCAUUUAAUUUAAUGCGAUGAACCACUGUUAGAUCUCGUAUUCUUCCAACACACACAGACGCACACACUGAGACUGAGGAGGGGAGAGAGAGAUGAGUAGGAGAUCCGGGGCUUGCUUGCGGUGUUGCUUGGUGAUUUUUGCAGUGGUUUCUGCACUCUGUGUAUCUGGGCCGGCUUUGUAUUUUAAAUUCAAGAAAGGUUUGAAAUUGGAAGGGGUUUCGGCAGCUUGUGCUCCAUGCAUUUGCAAUUGUGCUCCCCCUCAAUCCCUUUUUCAGAUUGUUCCUGGCUUGGCUAAUCUCUCUGUUACAGAUUGUGGAAAAGAUGACCCUGAUCUCAAAGAAGAGAUGGAGAAGCAAUUUGUGGACUUACUGUCCGAAGAGCUAAAGUUGCAAGAAACGGUAGGCGAAGAGCACUCUCAUCAUAUGAACAUUACAUUAGGUGAGGCAAAAAGAUUGGCUUCCCAGUAUCAGAGGGAAGCCGAGAAAUGCAAUGCUGCUACAGAAACUUGUGAGGGAGCCAGAGAACGAGCCCAGGUGCUGCUCACUAAGGAGAAGAAAAUGACGACAUUGUGGGAACAAAGAGCACGGCAACUUGGUUGGGAAGGGGAAUAGUUACAUACAGAAAUUUUAUAUAUUUCUGUUUUCUGCUAAUGCUGUCUACAUGUGAAUCCAGGAAAGACGAGAACUAAAAGAGUAUCGAGCAAGCAAAUUUUGCAGAAAAAUCUCUGAUCAUUUCAUUUGGUAUUCUCUUCGUGCUACUUGUAUUCAAUAUUCAUGCUGUCUUGGUUAAAUAUAUGGCUCACACAAGUAGAGCCCAGCUACACUGAUAGUAUACUAAGUACUCCAAACUAUAAAUAUGUCUCAGACAAAUAUCAUUGUUGGCAUCCCAUGUAAUUUAUAAGGGAUUUGAAUGCUCUACAUUACAAGAAAUUGCAAGGUUUGUUGCA